AUGAUAUUGGAUGGUCUUUGGUUCGAUAUGUUUGGCCUGUUUACCGUUCUGGUCUUCGUCUCCGUCAUUCCUUUCAUCCUCGGUUUCGUCUUGGGACUGUUCUACGAUGCAAUAACCAGACAUAUUGGUGAAAUAAUUAUGCGUACCCAAGGACAAGCACCUGAACAACAUAUACCACCUCAACAGCAUAUACCACCUCAACAACAUGCACCAGCACCACCACAUCUGCUCCAACGUCGUCACCGUGGAGAAGGGGACCGACGUUGA